AUACACUGCCACCCCCUCCGAUUGUGGUUCCUGACCCCCCAGAUGAUGGAGCCCCUCAGGGAUGGUUGGAGGAGGAGGAGACCCCCAGUGUUCCCGGUGAGUCCUUAGGAUGGGGGGGACAAGGACGAUGGCGUCCGGCUCUUCACUCCUCCUUCAUUGUUACAGGUAAGUGUCUGGCCUGGGUGCAGUGCGCCAACCCCCCCUGCAUGAAGUGGAGAAGGCUGCACGAACAGGUGGAUCCAUGGACGCUGCCGGAAGACUGGUCAUGUGACCAAAACCCAGAUGGAGUAUAUGACAGAUGUGAUGUAGCAGAGGAGAGCUGUUAUGGCGUCCGGGUUAUUGAUGCAGAGUACGUCCCGGGCUCCAUUGUGUGGGUGAAGCAGCAGGGACGCCCCUGGUGGCCCGCCAUAGUGGACUACGAUCCGGAUACCCGGCAAUAUGUCCAAGUGGCCAAAUCACAGGAUCUUUUUUCUUCCCGAUACCAUGUGACAUUUUUGGGGGAGCUGAUGGAGCGGGCUUGGGUGUCCCGCUACUAUCUGAAGCCUUUCCAGCAGUUUUCGGAUAACAUGCGGGGAGAAGAAAAGGACAGAAGAGUCAUACGGGAUCUGGAGCUGAGCGUCAGUGCGGCCCACGGGGCGCUGUCCAUGGGCAUCCAGGACCGUAUCCAGUACUAUGGGUCCUCAGCCCGCUACAAGGAAGAGGUAAAGGAAGACAAGGAUCGGCGUGACGUUUGUCCAGGGGGCGAGGUACGAGGAGGAGAAGAGAUAACAUGUCCUCCGGUCCCUCCACAGGACGUCAUCUCCACAGCCGGAAAGAGACGCCUGAAGCGCAAGAACGUCAAGUGUUGCUGUUAACCGCUUCCUGGUGCAGGUGAUGCCGGGAGCGUAGUCAGAGCAGCCACCAGACCGGAGGAUUUUAUCCAACACUUUCAGAAGGAGGAGCACAGUAUGCUGCCUCCAAGAGCGAUCCAUGGAUUUGUGGCUUUGGCAGGCUAGGCUACACCAUGCUAUGCGGCUGAUGCUUUAAACACCCCCCACCCCGGGGCGACAGGAUUCCCACCUACCUGCUUUAUUAUGGUGUCUAUCAG